UCCCAAAAUGACCGCUCUCUCUCUCUCUCUCUCUCCCUCUCUCCCUAAACAACCUGAGAAGAUGACACAAAAUUUCAACGUUUUGCUCCUCUAGAGAGAGCGAGAGUAAGAAAGAUAAUUGAUGGAAGUUUGAUUUUUGAACAUGUGUUGUUUGUACCUAACUCUCCUUCUUUGUUUGCUUCUUUCUUCCGUGGAACCUUUCUUAUAAGCAUUUUAAAAUUUUUGAAUCUCUUUCGACCGUUUCCUCUUUGACAAAGCAAAAAUGGCUUCUGGGCUGCUUCCAAUUUCUUAAAUUUCCCAAUCCACCAAAAACUGGGUAUUAGAGAGAGACAGGAAGGUAUUGAUUGAAGGUGAAGGUACUUGUUUCUGAUUUCAAAGUUCUCGCAAAGAUUAUUGCUGUCUCGCCGAGUCUUAAAGAAUCAUGGUGGAAGAGGGAGGUGUCGAUCGGGGUUUGGGCGGGACGGAGGCGGAGGCAGAGUCGGCUGAAGAAUGGCUGCUGCAAGCUCAAAAGCUUGUUCCUGCGGCUCUGGAGAAGGCUAUGGAGGUUAAGGUGUUUCCAGGGAGGUGGAAGAUGAUUGUUUCAAAGCUCGAGCAGCUUCCAUCACGGUUGUCAGAUUUGUCAAGUCAUCCUUGUUUUUCAAAGAAUGCCCUUUGCAAGGAGCAAUUGCAGGCUGUUUUGAACAGCUUGAAGGAAGCCAUCGAAUUGGCGGAGCUUUGUUUUAGAGAGAAAUUUGAAGGCAAGCUUCGGAUGCAGAGUGAUCUAGACUCGUUGUCUGGUAAAUUGGAUUUGAAUUUGCGUGAUUGUGGCCUUCUGAUUAAGACGGGUGUGCUCGGUGAGGCUACUCUACCUCUACCUGUGUCGGGUUGUUCGUUGCAAUGGGAGUUUACCGACUAUAGCAACAUAAGGGAACUGCUUGCAAGGCUGCAGAUAGGCCAUAUGGAGGCAAAACAUCGAGCUCUUGAUAGCCUUGUCGAGAUCCUCAAAGAGGACGAUGAUAAUGUUUUGUCUGUCUUUAGUCGUAAUAACGUUGCUGCUUUAGUCCAAUUGCUCACUGCAACCUCUCUAUGUAUCAGGGAGAAGACAAUCACCGUAAUUUGCUUGCUAGCUGAAUCAGGAAGUUGCGAACAUUGGCUUGUUUCAGAAGGUGUUUUGCCACCUCUAAUCAGACUCGUCGAGUCUGGCAGUGCUGUGGCUAAAGAAAAGGCAGUGAUUUCGCUGCAAAGGUUGUCAAUGUCAUCUGAUACUGCCCGUGCAAUAGUUGGGCAUGGCGGGGUUCGACCUCUUAUUGAACUCUGCAAGACCGGUGAUUCUGUAUCACAGGCUGCUGCUGCUUGCACAUUGAAGAACAUAUCAGCAGUACCCGAGGUUCGACAAACCUUGGCUGAAGAAGGGAUCAUAAGGGUGAUGAUCAGUCUUGUAGAUUGUGGAAUUCUGUUGGGAUCAAAAGAGUAUGCAGCUGAAUGCCUACAAAAUCUCACUGCUAGCAAUGAAUCUCUGAGGAGAUCAGUCAUCUCCAGCGGUGGUCUUCGCUGCAUAUUGGCAUAUCUUGAUGGACCUCUCCCUCAAGAAUCCGCAGUCGGGGCAUUGAGGAAUUUAGUCAGCUCAGUUUCAAUGGAACUUCUGUUGUCUCUUGGCUUCCUCCCUCGUCUAGUACAUGUGCUCAAGUCGGGAUCACUUGGUGCGCAGCAGGCAGCAGCAUCAACAAUCUGCAAGGUAUGCAGCUCAGCAGAGAUGAAGAAGCUAAUAGGUGAAGCCGAGUGCAUCCCUUUCCUCAUUAAACUCCUCGAGGCCAAAUCAAACAGCAUCCGAGAAGUCGCGGCGCAGGCAAUCUCAAGCCUUGUGACCCUUUCGGAGAACUGCAGAGAAGUCAAAAGGGAUGAGAAGAGUGUCCCUAAUCUCGUCCAACUGCUUGAUCCCAGCCCCCAAAACACAGCGAAGAAGUAUGCCAUUGCAUGCCUCGGGUCACUCUCUUCGAGCAGGAAAUGCAAGAAGCUGAUGAUAUCGUACGGGGCAAUCGGGUAUCUGAAGAAGCUAUCAGAGAUGGACACACUGGGCGCGAAGAAACUGCUAGAGAAACUGGAAAGGGGGAAGUUGAGAAGUCUGUUCAGUAGGAAAUAGGGAGAAAAGUGAGCAGGGACUUAAAAGACCCUUUUGGAUGUUUUAUUAAAAGUUGUUUCAUAAGCUAAAUGAAACAAGCAAAUAGUUUGAGAGGAUAACAAACAGAAGGUGGCCAAUAUCUGGUAAAAUAUUUCCGAUCAUCUAUGAAUAUACUUUCCUUGUAUGUAUGUUUAUGGUGUUUGAGGUCUAAUCUAAUUUGUUACUCUCUUGUAUCUGUCCAACCAAGGAUGAAGAAUAUUGAAAAAAAAAGAAAAAUAGUAUCUUAAUUUUUUAGAAA